AUGGAGGAUUAUGAAACUGUGGCAUUGACCGAAGAGUGCAGUGCUAUUUUGCAAAGGAAGCUUCCACAGAAGUUGAGAGAUCCUGGAAGUUUCACAAUCCCAUGCACAAUUGGUAACUUUGAGUGUAAACAUGCACUAUGCGAUUUGGGAGCCAGCAUAAAUCUCAUGCCUCUAUCAGUAUUCAAAAGACUUGGUUUGGGUGAGGCAAAGCCAACCACUGUUACACUACAGUUGGCAGAUCAAUCACUGGCUCAUAUGAGGGGGAUUAUAAAAGAUGUGCUAGUGAAGGUUGACAAAUUCAUUUUCCCUGCAGAUUUUAUUGUGCUGGACAUGGAGGAGGAUGCAAAUGUCCCAAUUAUUCUUGGGCGACCUUUUCUAGCGACAGGACAAGCUCUCAUAGAUGUUCAAAAGGGAGAGCUUAAACUUAGAGUUGAGGGGGACGAGGUGGUAUUUAGUGUCUUCAAGGCAAUGACGUAUCCGAUGGCUAGUGACAGUUGUUACAAUGUGGAUGUAAUAGAGAAAGCAGUUUUGGAAAGAAGGGUGAGUAGUGAUUCUUUAGAGGCAAUAUUGACUGGUGGGGAGGAAUAUGAUGAUGAUGAAGAGAUGAAAGAAUAUGUAAAGUGGAUUAACUCUUACCACUCGUAUUUGAAGAAAUUUGAAGAGUUGGCAGAGGCCACCGAACGACCAUUAACAUCCAUCCAGCAGCCACCGAAUUUGGAAUUAAAGGCUCUUCCUGAUCAUUUGUGUUAUGCGUACUUAGGGGAGAAUGAGACUUUACCAGUAAUUGUUUCAGCUGAUCUCUCAAAAAUUGAAUUAGAGAAAUUGUUGAGGGUUUUACGGGCUCAUAAAUUGGCCAUUGGAUGA